GCGUCCAAUUUGAGUCAUGUUCCUUGCAAGUUUUACAAGCAAGGUACCUGUACAGCAGGAGCCAAUUGCACAUUUUCCCACAGCUCAGAUCUUUCUUCAGAGUCAGCAGUCUGUAAAUACUUUGUAAAGGGUAACUGUAAAUUCGGCACCAAGUGUGCCUUAUUGCAUACCAUG